ACGCUGAACGGCUGAACAGUGAACGGUCUGAGCCUCUGAGCUCUGAAUGAAAUUGCGAUCUACAUAUUUUAUUUUUUACUUUACAGUUUGCGCUCUUCUUUAUUCAUAACCGAUCGACGGCAAUAAAUCUCUUCGUCAGAACCACGUAAAAUAGAAAAUUACCAUGUCAGUCGUAAAAGUAUUGUAUCAAACAGUUUUGAGAAGGCCGUCUCGCUUCUUUGUUGUGGUAGCAGUUGGGUCACUGUUCUUCGARAGAACACUUGAUAUUGGCAUUGAAAGCUUAUAUGAUCGAAUGAACCGUGGUAAACAAUGGAAAGACAUUGCCGAUAAAUAUGUUUGAACAGGAUGACAUAAACAUUUAUGGUUAUAGUUAUGUAGAACCAAUAUCUGUCACUUAAAUAUUGCUUUAAAAGUGUAAAAUUAAAUAUAAAUUCCUUAAAAAUAGCAUUAAGUGAUGAAUUAAUAAAGUUUUGAUUUUUUCUUA